GGAAGGAGGAGGGGGAUACACACAAACACACAGUCUCACACAGACACACAAGCGCAGGCCUCGCCACCAUACUUAGGCAAUGAGGUGAAGGAAGAAGAACUCCUCUCCGGUGCUUAUGUGCCCUCCUUCCAAUGCCGUUGCACUGAAUGCGUAAGGAUUUGCCGCUGAGCCAUGUCGCAGAUGUUGCACAUAGAAAUCCCCAACUUCGGGAACACUGUUUUGGGCUCCCUCAAUGAGCAGAGGCUCCUGGGACUUUACUGCGAUGUCUCCAUCGUUGUCAAGGGACAAGCUUUCAAGGCUCACCGGGCAGUCCUGGCAGCCAGCAGCCUCUAUUUCCGAGACUUGUUUAGCGGGAACAGCAAAAGCGCCUUUGAGCUGCCUGGAUCGGUUCCCCCCGCGUGCUUCCAACAGAUCCUUUCCUUCUGUUACACGGGAAAGCUGACCAUGGCUGCCAGCGAGCAGCUCGUGGUGAUGUACACGGCGGGGUUCCUCCAGAUCCAACAUAUCGUGGAGAAAGGGACGGACUUGAUGUUCAAAGUCAGCUCUCCUCACUGCGACUCCCAGACCGCCAUGACCGAAGACCCCAGCUCCGAACCCCAGAGCCCCUGCAACCAGCUUCAACCUGCUGCCUACGUCAUGUCCCCUUCCAUGCCCAUCCCGCUCCUCACCCGGGUCAAACACGAAAACCUGGAGCUGCACCCUGCAACUGUGGGGCCCCCUCCUCCAAGAGGUCUGCAGAAGGGAGCCUCCGGGAUGGUGCUGGGGGGGAACUCAUCCUCCUCUUCCUCUGGCACGACGCCCCUCAAAUUGUCCCGCGUUUCCUACUAUGGAGUGCCCAGCCUCACCACGCUCAUCUCCAGCGUCGCACCAACCCAGUACUUGCAAGGGGAGCGGACGAGCCCCGGGGCUAGCAGCAUUCCUACUACCGACAGUCCAACAUCCUACCACAAUGAAGAGGAUGAGGAAGAUGACGAGGCUUAUGACACUAUGGCGGAAGAGCAAUACGGACAGAUGUACAUCAAGUCCACGGGUGGCUAUGCAGUGCCUCAAGAGAAGCCGGAGCAGGUUCCUUUAGAAAGCCGGUCAUGUGUCCUCAUCCGCCGUGACUUAGUCGCCCUCCCGGCCAGUCUCAUCAGUCAGAUUGGAUAUCGGUGCCAUCCAAAACUCUACUCAGAAGGAGAUCCUGGAGAAAAACUUGAACUUGUUGCAGGCUCUGGUGUUUACAUUACGCGGGGGCAGCUGAUGAACUGCCAUCUGUGCGCAGGUGUGAAACACAAAGUUCUCCUGCGACGCCUCCUGGCCACAUUCUUUGACAGGAAUACACUGGCCAACAGUUGCGGAACGGGAAUCCGGUCUUCCACCAGUGAUCCGAGCAGAAAACCCCUUGAUAGCCGGGUCCUUAAUGCUGUGAAAUUGUAUUGUCAGAAUUUUGCUCCAAGCUUCAAGGAGAGCGAGAUGAAUGUCAUUGCGGCCGACAUGUGUACAAACGCCCGCCGAGUGCGCAAGCGUUGGCUCCCAAAGAUUAAGUCCAUGUUGCCGGAGGGAAUGGAGAUGUACCGCUCCGUCAUGGGGGCCACCACCAACAGCGUCCCUCUGGACUCUGAGUUCCAGCCUUCCACUGCUCAAAUCUUUGAACAACGGAUCUAUGCAGAAAGGAGGAGCGAUUCUGGAACGAUCGUGGCCCUGAGAACUAACACAGUAACUGUCGAUCAAAGCAACGGAUCCAGCCAGUUGUUUGAGCCGAGCGAUGAUGGAGAAGGGGCCGGUUCCGUCAUACAGGAGUCCGCCGGCCCAGAAGCGUUGGCUUCAGAGAGCCAAAGCACCAUACAGCCUUUUGAACAAGGAUCUGGUUCCAACAGCCGGCCGGAAACUCCCAUGAGACGACAGGAGGGCAACUACGGAGGGACUUUAUGAACGCGAGAGAAAGGAUGGCCGAUUGGGUGUGACCGAUGAGGGAUCUAUAAUACUAAAGCUGCUUGCAUGCAUUAUUAAUACAGAAAACAAAAAAUGUGAUCGAACCCUUUACCUACUGAACUGCUACUGUUGCCUGAGAGAAAUGUGAUUUUUAUUCUGCUUGUGUUUAAAAAUUAUGAAGGAAAAUAUCACAUUCGUUAUACUGUAAGUGACUCUAGGUCUAAGGCAACCUUAACGUACGGAGAACAAAACAACACAGACAGAUCCCUGGGCUCCUCUUUUUUUUUAUAAAAGAAAAAUAAUAAUUCCCAAGGUUAAGUCUAGAAGAUUGUAGCAUUUUAUUUCCGAAGAGAUAGACCAUAUCCCCCUCUUUCUCUUCCUCUUCCUCCUCCUCUAUCACUUGCUCAAAGCCUCCCAUCUUGCUAUCACAGGACAAGACAGCCCCGGCUCCGUUCCGGACAGAUGGCACAAAACGGGCAAGGAGAGGGUGAGCGGGCACUGCAGCGUCACAGAGGGAGAUGCUGAAGCACUGUCUGCCAUCUUAGGAGGUUUUCUCUUGGAGGUUUUCUUUGCACACUUCCUUUCCUUGGUUUUUUAGUUUGUCUUCCGUGCGGACAGAGUUAUCUUCUGUUCAAGGGCUAUUGUACUGAGAAUAGAAGUGCCCAACCCAUUGGGAACACCACCAGGGAUAGGCCACAGGAUCAGUCAGGUGGCAAUCUUAAAAACAGCCUUUAAUUUCAUUUCUGCUUAGCAAGAUUCUUGCCUCCAUCUCUUGGCUCCUGUUUUUCCACCACAUGACUUGUUGUUCCAAAACAUCCCUUCCAUUUCCUUCUUUCCUCUUGCUGCCAUUUUCUUUUAUUUCCUCUGUCUGCUUGGCAACCGCUGUGCCAGUCCCUGUAGAUGAAGGACCACUGUAUUUUGGGCAUCUUGCCCUUAUCCUUCUGAAACACAAAUGCAAGACCCUUUCUGAAAUAAGGGCUUCCUGCUGGGGAUUGCCUUGGGCUUGACAUGCCCGCAGCGUGCCCUCUGUGGUCAGCAGGGUUCAAGAACUUGUCCUGAAGAAUAUCUAAGGUCUUCCACUUGUGUGUGUGUCACAAAAGACAUUCCAAAAUUAUUCCCAUGUUCUGUUAGGGGUAGCGUUUACACAGGAGGUGAGCAACACCUACCCCAGAGGCCAAUGUGGCUCCUAUUGGCCCCGUUACAGCCAAAUUUGCUGGCACUCCUCCAUAAAAAAUAGCUGCCCGGCCCGCCAUUUCCAUUGGAAACAAGAUGUAUGGGAAGCAUCAACCUUGUUUUUAGAAUUGCACUCCGGGUGGCAGAUACAGUGGCUCCAGAGCAUCAGAACAUGGAGCCCCAGUGGGGUUGAGUGUAGAGAAAGGUGUAGACCUCCUGGCAAGUUGUCUUCCCUGCCUGAGUGAUAUUUAGAGGUGCCAUAAAUUUGAUAUGCAUUAUUUCCUUCUGAAUUUUUUAUUUAAUGGCAGGGAAAAACUCAACAGGCUGGUAAAUCUGUUUGCCCUCAUUUGGAGCCACAAGCUGAAAUGGUAUGUAGGCUGAUGGUGUCAAGUUGGACUUCUGGAAUCAGCUUUGACCAAAAACAAGGAUUUGUUUUGGAUCCCACAAGUGUGGGGUGUGGGGUAGAGUAGCACGGCAGUGGAUAUUUGCACUCUUUAGAUGCAUAAUAUGUCAGUGUCCGCAUUUGGGCAGAAUGGUUUAGCAGGGGGUAGUUUGGCAGGCUGCAUGUAGCCAUACAAUUGCCACCCCUUAAGCAUAUUAUAUAUCUCUUUAGGAUGUGCAUUAUCAGGAGUGUCAUCACCGAGGGAGGAAAGGUCAUUAGAAAUUCUGCUCCCUCUGUAAAAAUUUUCUUCAGUCCCCCAGAUUUUUAGCAUUGCAAGCCACUUAAAAGUUCAAGCCAGACAUUUGGAAGUUUUGGGAUCCAAAGAAAAGGGGCAGGCAACACGACCAAGAGAACGCAAUGAUGGCAAAUAGAAGAGUUCCAGGUGUGAAUGUUUUUCAACAUCUCACUCUCUGCAAGGCUAGAAAUUCAAGGACUGGAGCGAAAUUUCAUAUGGGGGGCAGAAUUCUCAUUACAUGGUGCAGUGCUCUCAUUUUGUUCAGCCCACACCACAUGUACCCCUGUGCAAUAUUCUGCUCAUUGUCUUCCUUUUAAGGAAAGGUGAUAUUGCGGACAUGAUGGUAGAAUGGAGGGGUAUUUUUUGAAUUCUGGUUGUUUUGGGCUGCGUCUAUGUGUUUCUAUGUGCAUGUAUGUGCUCAGGGCUGAGAGGAGAUCGGUCCCUCUCUUUGGACGUUAUGCCAGUUGACCUCUGUGUCCAGAAGAUGUUUGUGAAUGAAGGAGCACUCUGGAGACUUUGAACAUGUGGUGGGCGGCCAGUAUGUGUGGAGAUGGCAGUGCAGGUUGUGACAGGAUUUGCGCAUGGAUCCCAGGAUGGGAGCAGGGUGUGUGUGUGUUAUUUCCAUUUAUGGCUUUGGAGGGGUUUUUUUGGUGGUUGGCUAAGUCUUGGCCGAAGCCUCCUAUGAUAUCUACUGUUGAUUGUCACGCAAGAAUAGUAAUUAUAUUUACAGUGAGCCCUCUACAUUUGCAACUUUGACUUUUGUGGAUUUGAUUAUUCUCAGAUUUGAUUAAUAUGUUCUUUCUAGGUCUUCCAGCAUGACUCUGCCACAAACUGACCAUAGAGUCACUCUGAGGAUGUAGAGAUUCCUAGAGAAAAUACACUGGGUCCAGGGGAUGCAGGAGGCUUUUGAAGGUCCACUGAGUCUCUGUGAUGGAUAGAGCAAAAUCAGAUUUUAAAAUAAAACUCUGGUGCAAGAGCAGGUGAGACUGUGGCCUGUUACAGACUGCCAAAAUAAAGCUGUUUCAGGUCUCUUUGGAGGUGUGCUAUUUAAAUGAUA